AUGACUGGCCCGCAUGCGGACCUGACAGCGGGGGAGCAGUGCUACCUGGACCACACUGCGCGCAUCCACUCGACGCCGCUCAGUGCACACGGCGACGAGGGUGACGAGGGUGACGAGGGUGACGAUGGCCACCACGCCCACCACGCCCACCACAGCCACCACAGCCACCACAGCCACCACAGCCACCACAGCCACCACAGUGCCAGCUUCAACCUCGACGCUCAUGGCAGCGCAACGCCCAGCCAGCAGCAACAGCGCCCACUGCUCGAAGAGGCCGACAGCACGCCGCGCUCUGAGCUCCCCUCGGUGCCCGACGCAGUCGCUGCCAACCUGCACCGCCAGAUGCACGCCAUCCACGAAGACCAGCCCAGCUACUUCUCGCCGCAGCCCCGCCGCGCCUACUCGAGCACCAUCACACACAGCACCCCCGCCUCCGCACACCCCUCGCCCUCCUCGAGCGCCAGUGCUUCGACCGCGUCGGUAGACGUCGCCGGCGCCCCGCCCUCGGACGCCUUUGGCCCUUCACUACAACCCCUCGCCCUCCACCACCGCCCCGCCUACGAGCGCGACCUCUCCAACAUAUCGACCGCCAGCCAUGCCAGCCAUGCCAGCCAUGCCAGCAAUGCCACCGUCCGCGCGGACCCCGCCAGGCCCCUGCUCCACUUGGCCUCAGAACCUGCCGUCCCGCAGCACCGCGAUGGUCCCGUCUACCCCAACCAGUCCUAUGCUGCACUGCAGUUUCAGCAAUACCCCACCCCCUAUGCGCCGCCCAUCGUCCGCGCGCGGAGCUCACACCCAGCACACUUCUCUGCCAAUUCCGUGUCCGCCAUCCCCUCCUUCGGCGCCUCCAACAUGCACUACCGCGACAUCAUGGACUCUGCCCCGCGCACCGCCGGCAACUCCCCCGUCAGCAGCCCUGGCCUCUUCGACCCCACCAGGCGAAUCACGCCUGGCUCACGCGAGCCCAGCGACGGCCUCUACUCGAGCCCCUGGCUUCACCACACCCACAGGCAGGCACCCAAAGAGAGUCACGUCGCCGACGUCUCUCAUGACCCCGUCUCUGGCCGCAAGGUUGUCAACCAGUACGAGAUCAUUGAUGAGCUCGGUCGCGGCGUCCAUGGCAAGGUCAAGCUCGGAAAGGACCUGCUCACGGGCAAAUACGUGGCUAUCAAGAUCGUCGAUCGGUACUCCAAGCGUCGACGUCUCGGUAAGAACACGAGCCACGAGGACAAGAUCAAGCGCGAGAUCGCCAUCUUGAAGAAAGCUCGACACCCCAACAUCGUCAGCCUGCUGGAAGUCAUAGACGACCCAGCUAAGAAGAAGGUCUAUAUCGUACUCGAGCAUGUGGAGCUCGGCGAGGUCAAGUGGAGGAUAGAAGGCGCCCCCGAGGUUACUUUGGUUGAAUGGCGCCGCUUCCAGCGAGAGUCGGAAGGCAUCUUUGACGACGACACUGCAGCACUAGAGGAUGAACGCAUCAUCAGGAUGGCGCACCGCAAGCUUGCUCGCCAGCGACGUCGCGAAGCAAAGGAAGCCCACCUUCGCCGACAAAUCGUUACAGGGAACGAGCCUUGGAGCUUUGAGUUCGGUGGAGACUCGGACGAAGACAACUUCUCAGAGGCAGGCCGAAGCUCUCGAGCUUCCAAUCGUGACGAGCGCCCCCACAGCCGUGUCCAGUUCCGCGAACGGCAGGAGUCUUCCAACCACACUGACCAGACGAUGGAGACUGCAUUCCGCUCAUCUAUCCACGCUCCUGGAUCCAGCAAGAGCGAAGAGGAUCCUACGAAUGGUCUCGAAGGCACCAUGUAUGGUCCAUACGACACAGAGUUCGUUCGUGGCCGUACACCUAGCGUCGCGGAUAGCAGCUCUUCCCACCCGGACGGCGAGGAAGAAAUACCAGAGCAUUUCCGCUAUGUCCCGUUGAUGACGAUCCAGGGAGCAUGGGAGGCUUUCAAAGAUACUGUACUGGGUAUUGAGUAUCUCCACUACCAGAACGUUAUCCAUCGCGAUAUCAAGCCUGCCAACCUACUCGUUACUAAGGAGCACCGCAUCAAGAUCUCCGACUUUGGAGUCUCCUACCUAGGGCGCCAGAAGACAGACGAAGGACUCGGUGAUCAGUCCGAGAACGAAGUACAAGAGGAGGACGAAGCCAUUGAGCUGGCCAAGACAGUGGGCACGCCGGCCUUCUACGCCCCGGAACUCUGCCGCACUGACUUCACUCUUGAGACCCCACACAUUGACGGAGGCAUCGACGUCUGGGCUCUUGGAAUCACGUUGUACUGUCUGAUCUACGGUCGAGUUCCCUUCCACGAGAACAAUCCCUUCGCCUUGAUGAAGGCUAUCAGUGAAGAUGAACCUUACAUACCACGUUAUCGACUGAAGCCUGUCUCUGAGCGCGCAAACUCCAGACCAAACUCGCACGGGCGCAACAUGCAACCAAUCUCGAAUGCCAGGAGGGCUCCGCACGACGUUGAUUACGAGGAGAUUGACGAGAAUCUCCGUGACUUACUGAAACGCCUACUCGUGAAGGAUUCUCAGCAACGUAUUACCAUACACGAGAUCAAGAGACACCCGUGGCUUCUCCAAGGUAUUAACAACUACAAUUCGUGGAUGGAAGAGACAGACCCCGAUCGUUCUUCUCAAGGUCGUAAGAUUGAGAUCUCAAACGAUGAUCUGGAAAGAGCUGUUGUACCCAUUGGCUUCGUCGAGCGGGUACGAUCAGCUGCAAAGAAGGCUACGGACUACGUCACCAAAAGCUUCACGAGAGGCGGUUCGAGCUCUCGCCGUCGUGCGCAGAGCUCUGCACACGAUAUGCAACCCAGCAUGAGCACCACCUCCUCGAGCAGUACUAUCAGUCAGGAUGCUCGAAGAGGUAGCAUAGCACCUAAUGCCAUUCUGGACAUGCUAGGCAGAUCACGCGAGUCGGAACAUCCUCUCUCGCACAGUGUCACCGCAAGUCCUGAAGCAAAGGAACGAGCCAAAUACUUCGACAGCCCCGACUCUCGGAAGUCGUCACCGAUGCAGAACCUAGAGACCUACCGACCGGGCAUGCAGGACCGUUCGUUCUCUUCGGCAUACACAAUACGUCAGGGCGACCUAGAAGCCCGACCUACGUCACCAAUGAUCCCUUCAGCAUUACCUGGCACUCCAACUGCGUUGGAUACGCCUACUGGGUCGCAUUUGAGUGGUCUGUUUGGGGGUCUACCGCGCAGGGUCGUCAACAGCAUGAAGAGCAAAGAUAAGCUCAAGCCUCCUCGAGAGCAUAUCCAAAGGAAGUCCUUCGACAAGUCGAUUGAUAGACUCAUGAUCGGCGAACAGGAUCCCCACGGUGUGCCGAGCCUUGCGAUCAGCACGACCAAUGUUUCCGGUCAUGUCGACCAACCAGACCCAAAGGAGUUGUCACCUGUCCUCCGCAGUCGAUCCCCUAGCUACUCGGACGCCCGUUCUCUCGAUCCUCUUGAUUCGUCAUCGCGGCAGUCAUCGAUAUCAUCCUUGUCGUCCCGUCUACACGGCAGGUGGGCUGCUGCGAAUGAGCUCGAGGUUGGUCCAACUCUUGACAUCCCCCCUGGCUCCUGGAAAUCACAGACAUCAUCUCAAUCUGCCUACACUGCAAACUCGCACUGGAUUUCAAGUGCCCAUGAAACAUCAGAUGAGAGGUUCAGCCGAGCCAAGGACGAGUUUAUUCGCCGCAGGGUCCGAGAGGAGAACAUGGGUCGCGAACGAUCAGUGUCUGCAACGCAGCAAUCGGGUUCGGUGCUAAGUCAGGCUGCUUGCCCACCCAGCCCUGAUGACGAAACGUUCAACCAUCGCAAGAAGGUCGAGGAGUAUCUAGGCACACAGCACGCAGAGUCUUCCGAGAAUAGCCCUGUCGGUGGACAAGAGCGGGGCUUGGCCUUCUGUUCGUCUGAAGAGCAGUUCACACCCAUGUCACAAUCGACUUCCAACCCUUCAAUCCCCUCUGUCGCAUCGGCCAGUUCCUCCAUGCCGGAUGACUGCGCUCCUCUGGACCAGUUCGCGAACAUACUGCCUACCGCGUCUGCAGACUCAAUUGCACACAACCAGUUUGAUGCUCCUGUCGACGACCCUGCCGGCUACGAUGGCGACCAUGCUAUAGACAGUGACGAGGAGGACAGCAGCGACGACGACGGUGGCCUCUUCAUGGGCAAGAAGAAACCUGCACCUAAGGCUCGACGAAGCAUAUCCAUCUCGAACGCAGAGCUGGCUCGCUCAAAUAUCCCAAAGGAGGUCAUGGACGGUCGCCGACGCUCGGCACGCAGCGGCAGCAAUGGUACUGUCAAAAAGAUACCUCCGCCUGGCGCAGCCGACACUUCCGCCGCUGCUUCCGCUGAGCAGACUCCUGAAGCGUGA